UGUAGAGAGCGGAGGGCUCGAAACCGGUGGUCCCCGUCCGAUUUGCAAAUCACACGGCGACGACUGGCGGCCGGCGGGCAUAGGAGGUGGAGGGGCGACUAGGCAGCGUCAGGAGGAAGCGGCAGCAGUGGAGCAUAUAAUUUUGGGGACGGGGACGGUGGAUUGCGAUGGAACAGGCGACUGGCGCGACGCUCGAAGAGGCAGCAACUGGCGGCGGCGGUGUUCCGGAGGCGUUCUGGCUGGUUGCGGGGACGGCCGAGGAGGCGUCGGCUAGCGGCAGUGAAGUUCAUGGAAGCGGUGGAUGUAUCUUGAGCUCUCCUGGGCAGUACGAUUUUUCUCUCCCUCUAGCUUCGAUUUCGGAGUGUAUUUUUGUUCCUAGCGCUCCAUCUUUCUCCCCUAAUCUAGGAUAGAAAAUUGCGGAGCAGAGGCGCCACCACAUCCUAAAAUAGCAUAGAUUUAUCAUUGGUUUGCUCGGGCUCCUCCAUGCGGCAAUGCCUCGCCACCACUUCCUUUCAUUUUCUCCCCAACCGGAGGUCCAGCCUGAAUUUCCUUCCUCCUUCGGUCCUUCUUUGAGGAAUGCAUGUCUUGAAGGGAGAUAACGAAGAUGUAUUGAAAUGAGGUAUGGUACAUUGCAAAUUCCUACUUUGCUCCCCUGUGGCCCUGUUUGUUGGUUUAGUUUUUUUGUUGGAGUACUAUGUUGUUGCAGCGUGUUCUGCAUUCAGGUUGGGCAAAAAAAACAUUCUGUAUCGUCUACCUGGAUGCAUCAUGGGUUACGAGAAAGAAAGAACUUUCAUGACUGCCGUCAGUGUUUUCUUUUCUGGAAAAUACAGAAUUGUCUGUAUCAUGGGAAAUUAACUCUUUUCUCACAAUGCUAAGGCCAUGGAGGAUUUCAAAAUAUUGUUGCACUGCACAUUGGUACAGAUUCAAUGAGUAUAUUUAAAUUCGACAAUUAUAUGCGUUAUGUGCGAAUAUUGGAAUGGUGAUCCAAUCAACUUUUAGAUAGAUGGCUUGCCCUGCCAGCAUUCAACUUUGUUUUAGCGACCGCGCCUGAGCGCGUUUUUCAUUAAGAGGAGGGCCAGCAUUCAACUUUGAUGAGUUGAUUUAUCACCAUCACACUUUUUUCUUUGUGUUGGAUGACAAAAUGCUCUCACUUCACAAAAGGUUGCAUAACCGAUGUGCAAAUUGAACCGAAAUAGGAGUAGCGGUUGGAACUUGGAAGGCCAUUCUUUUAUGAUGAUUGCCAUGUACCUGUAUAGUAGACAUUAUGCUCCGUAUACCCUAUUUUAGGGGAUUCUUAAAGAAAAUUAAUUGAUAUCUGGGUGAGGCAAAUCUAACCUGUAAAACAUAAAUAAGUCCAAAAGUUGCCUCCACCAAAUACGGUGUCUGCAUAAAAUCUGUAAUAUGUGUUAGCAUUGAUCUUGUUACUAGACUGUGUCCAGGUCCAGCUAGUGUUUAUGUUCAUUCCUAUUAGUGCUAGGUAGAUUUCAGCUUUUAGUUAAAGAGAAUAAUAUGCAGAUCAUAGUCUUGAUUGCAUUAAUUAGGAGGAUAUCAUGGGCAGGUGUGCAGCCUUGUAUCCGCUAUACAUAUGUGAAAAAACGAUGAGGGCUAGAGUGGAUCAACAAAAUACUUGUGUGUUGUUGUGUUCUCAUGGGCAAACGAGCUGUUAGCGCGAUGGUCGGUUCUCCGGUUGGGAGGCCACCCGCCAGCGUUCGAACCCCAGGUUCUGCUGGUGUCGCACCAGAGUAAAAAAAGGCCACUCACUGUGCUAUUUAACAGGAAAUGUGUGGUCCACUGACGGUUGCAGCAUGAUACGCGGCCGCAGACGCACCCUUGACGUCAGUGGCACGUCCUGGAUAGCCUGGGCUUGUGGCCUUCUCUCGACCCUGCGGAAGAGAAAACUUCUAUCUUUUGUGUCAAACCUCGGGGCAGGUCAGGUCAUUCCCCCAAGGGUCGAGUUUUUUCUUUUGUGUUCUCAUGGGUGUGCCACCAGAGAAGAAAUACUAGUGUGUUUGUGAUAAACAUCUAGAAAGUGAGGGACUGAUUUCCAACAAUAUGAUUUAGUCAUUUAUGCUGUCUACAUAUUUAUUCUGCCUUACUAGCUACCUAAGAUUUGUAUAAUUUUCUAAAUAGGAGUACUGAAUCAAACCCCAAAUGUAAAUCAUUUAUUCUAUGGUGAACAAUGCAUGUUUCCCAAAGUGUGAGUAAAAUAGUGGAUAUGUUGCUAUUUCAAGGUCAUGCAACUGAUUUGAUGUGUUGUUUUCUUAAAAAACUUUUAGAUGCAAUGCAUAUGGAAGUUUUCUUAUAGGGCAGACUGUCUUCUCUUAAGAAAAUAUACAAGUAUUUACAUGAUAUAAGAUUAUUUUUCUCCUAAGAAUGCUUGAAAAGCCACAUCUUUUUCUGAUUCUUGGGGUUACACUAUGGAGUCUAUGGACCAUCUCAAAUAACAUCGAUAAUUUCACAUAAUAUGAAUGGGAAUUCAUAAAAGCAUUUUCUUCAACUAAUAUGGUUAUUACUUGCCAGGUACGCAGUGGCAAAUCUAUCCAUGAUAAUUUUCUGAAAUUAUCAUUCAGUAAUCUCUUGCAUGCUGCAGAAUGGAUGAAGUGAGUGUGGAAAGGGUGCCACUGGUAUCUGUUGUUUCUGACUCUGUCAAUGUGGAAGCAAGUUUGAUUGAUUCAGAACCUCCUGCUUCCUUGGAUUUUCCUGAAAAAGCCCCGUUUGUCCAUAGUAGACAUUUAAGUGAAGAUUUAAGUGCCCUUACAAUUAAUGAUUUGCGUGUGAACAGUGGAGAGCAGAAUUGCAAUGAGCAGAUUGAAGGAAAGGGCGUAAGUAGUCAUGGUCACAUUAGACAUUUUAGUGCAGAUUUAAGUUCCCUUGCAAUUAAUGAUUUAUAUGCAAACAAAGGAGAAGAGAAUGGCCAUAACCUGCUUGAUGGAAAGGGAGAAAGUCGUCCUAAUUCAGCUGAAAGAAACAUUUAUAAGGCAGCAGAGAUUGCUGAACGCUUCAUUAAAUCUAUAGAUAACAGAGUGCUUGUUGACACUGGAGCACCAAUAGAAUCCGUUAAAGAGGCAGUAAGCAAAUUUGGAGGCAUUCUUGACUGGAAGGAGAGACGUAAAAAUGUACAAAAUGCACUUGACAAGGCACUUGAAGAUACUCCUGAUUACCAAAGAAGAGCGGAAGCUACAGAAGCUGAGAAAAAAAAAGUUCUAAUGGAAUUGUGUACCACUAGGCGAACCAUAGAAGGGCUCAAGCUUAACUUGGAGAAGGCACAAACUGAGGCAAUACAAGCACAACAAGACUCGGAGCUCGCUAAUAUACGGUUCAAGGAGAUACAACAGGGAAUUGCUUGCAGAGAGAGUGCUGCAGCAAAGGCAGAGAUUGAACUCGCAAAAUACCGCCAUGCUAAUGCCUUAGCAGAAUUACAGUCUGUGAAAGAUGAGCUAGAACAACUUCAGAAGGAGUACACGUCCUUAAAAACUAAAAGGGACAAUGCUGAGACAAAGGCAUGUGAAUCCAGUGCUGCAUCACAGGAGAUUGAGAAGACCGUUGAUGACCUCACCCUUGAGCUCAUCGCAUUGAAACAAUCGCUGACAUCUUCUCAAGCUACACAUAUCAUAGCGGAGGAACAAAAAUUAAAUGUCGCUUUGGCAUAUCAACAAGAGAAGGCAAAAUGGCAGAAUGAGCUGAAACAAGUUGAUGAGGAGGUUCAAAAGAUACGUGAUGCAGCAUCAGUCAACAAAGAUCUCGAGUCCAAGCUAGAAGCUGCCUCUACACUGUUAGUGAAGUUGCAAGAUCAGUUUUCUACUUAUUUGAAAGGGGAGGAGUGGCCUGACGAGGUUAUCCUAGAUGGAGAGGCAGGGAGACCAAUUGUUAGUACUCGGGCGAAGCUGGCGAAGAGUAGGAAGGAGCUGGAGGACAUGAGGGCUGACACUAAAAGGGCCAAGGAUGAGGUCAGAAUACUUUGGAAUGCUGCUGCUACACUGCGAACUGAUAUAGAGAGGAAGGAGACAGAUCUGGGGGCAUUGAGACACAAAGAGCACCUCGCUUCUGUUUCUGUCAUAUCUCUACAGGAUGAAUUGAGCAACAAGACAUAUGAGCUCAAUAUUGUUCAUGAAAGAACAAAAGCAGCUGAGAUGCCUGCAGAGCUACAGCAGGCAACUAAAGUCAUGGAACAAGCAAACUCAAAAGCUCAGAUGGCCCGUCAUGAGCUGGCGAAGGCUAGGGAAGAGGCAGAUCAAGCCAAGGCACAAGUUAAUGUCGCCAAGUUGAGGCUUGAAGCAGUGUCGAGGGAGAUUCUUGCAGUGAACACAUCUGAAGAAAUUGCAACCGCCUCAGCAAAUGCACUGCAAGAAUACAAGCUGGAUACACAUAUAGACCCUCAAGCUGAACGAGUAAGCGACAACUAUGUGACGUUAUCACUUGAAGAGUACGAUGCAUUAAGCAAGAAAGCACAAGAUGCUGAGGACCUUGCCAAGAAGCAGGUCAUUAAGGCUGUUGAGAAGAUCAAGCAAGCCAAGGAUGCAGAGGUGAGGAGCUUGAAUCAGCUGGAGCAGCUGGCCAAGCAGAUCAAUGGGAGGAUGUUGGAGCUGAGGGCCGUACAGGAGAAAGCCAAUUCGGCACAAUAUGGCAAGUUGACCAUGGAGAACGAGCUGAGGAAACGGAGGGCCACACAUGAGCAACAGACGGAUGCGGGUGAGUCAGCCCAUAGCAUUGCUGAUCUCCCAAAUUUGAAGAACUCGUCGUUGUCUUUUGAUGCAGCAGCAUCCACCUCCAAUCCUCACAUGGUUGGAUCAUUGUCUAGAGCUGACACGAUAGCGGCAACUAGGGUGAAAGAACCGAAGCCACGAAAGUCGUUGUUACCACGGUCCAUAGUAGCUAUGUUCGUGUCUAGGAAGAAGACACAUUGAAAGUAACAUUCCUUCCCACUGAUAAUAGUGUGUUCUUUAGUAUGAUCAAUUUGUACAUGUACUCGUGUAGUAGGUUACAAUUUCAAACGCACAAUUGUAGAACUGAUCUAGAAAUUUUAUUUAAGUCGCGCUGAAGAUUUAUCGAGCAUUGAUCGAGUUGUCUCUCUGAUCACUGUGCUAAUAUUGUUAGAAGCAUACAGCACGACUUCUUGGCUGUUGUUGACAUGAGAAUUUGAUGUUGGAUGUUGAAGAAUGAAUUCAAGAAAUUGCAUAAGCUGUAUGAGAAA